AUGAAGAAAAAGAAGGAGAUCAAAGUAGUGGUGGUUGGCGAUGGAUCUUGUGGUAAAACAUCUCUGAUCAUUGCCCAUACUUCCGGCCACUUUAGCGAGCAAUAUAUUCCCACAGCUUUUGAUGACUUUUCAGUUGAAGCGCUAGUCAACGGGCGACCGGUAAGGUGUUAUGUUAUUAUAUAUUUUUAAACUACUAAACUCAAUAAGUAGUACACAUGUUUUUAAAUUUUAAGAAUUUGACUUAUAUAACAUUUGUAAAGUUUAUGUCUCCAAACUCAGUGAAGCAGCUCUAAUAUGUCGUCUACAUAUAAACCCUACAUGUUAAAUUAUAGUAAAAUCAUAGUACUUCAAAUAUUUUAAAAAUUGGUGUAAAACCGACUAAAGAAUACGUUAUAGGACAUGAUUACGGUAUGUGAUACAGCAGGUGAAGAAGACUUCAGUUCGAUGCGACCUCUCAGUUACCCAGAUGCAGAUGUCUUCCUCGUAUGUUACUCAGUAGAAAAUACCGACUCUUUGAAGCACAUACAACACAAAUGGGUGCCUGAGGUGAGCUACUGUAACUUUUUCUUAACAAAGUCUUUUCUUUAUCAUAAUUUGUACUUUUUUGUUUACUGUAGGGUACUGUAUGUUGUAAAAGUAUUAAACUAAAUGUCUUUUGAUUGUUUGUUUACUUGUAUGCCUUCGUACUUCUAUCAUACGUCUCGUACUCAAAGCACUAUACAAAUAGGUACUCUUCAUAGGCUUAAUUGCCAAAAGGUAAGCCUACAAAGUAAAACCUAAACUCGAGCUUGUACCUCUUGUCGCAUAUUAAAUUAAUGAGUGAGAACGUGAACACUGAGUUGUUGUUUAGAAUUAGAAUAACCGUGAGAAAACAGAAGUUGGCUUCUGAAUACAAACUCAAAAAACAACAUUACGUAAUCAAAUUAUGUUGACUCAAGUAAGCAACUUCCUCUAUAGGACAUGUAGUCGACUAUCCAAUACAUGGGCAAUCUAUUUCAAAGUUGUGAUUGUUUACUGCAACAAUUACUUUGAAAUUGUUUUGCACAGUGCAAUUAUAACAGUGUCCUUUGCAUUAUGGAAGGCCAUAGUAACGAAACUUUACUGUAUAUAUAAACAAAGAAGAAUGCAUAUUCAAAAAACAUACUGUUAAAAUGUUAAACAUAUUCUUUAAAAAUCACAUUACAGUAACCAAAUCUCUUCCAGAUUCGCCAUUUUUGUCCGAACACUCCGAUGAUUGUAAUAGGUAACAAAAAGGACAUACGAAACGACUCUCAACGUAAUGUCGUAUCAACAGAAGAUGCCGAAAAUGUUGUAAAGAAAGUUUCUGCAGUCGCGUUAAUCGAAUGUUCCGCCAAAACCAAAGAAAAUGUAAAGAAAGUUUUUGAAGCCGCGGUGAAAGCAGCCUUAACCUACAGAAAUCGACGAUCCAACAGAGUUCUACAGUCAAUCAUGAAGUUACGAUUCGUAUUUUAA